AUGAAAGACUGAACUAUCUGAAGUGCGCAGUAUCAGCAGACGUCGUUGCAAAAUGUUCACCACACUUUUUGUCGCUGUAGUUCUGAUAGCAAAAUACAUUACUAUUAGUGACGGGCAGCAGUGUUUUGAGUUCAUCGGAGGCGGGUGCCCUCAAGGCUGGGGCGCAUGGAGGGGCAAAUGCUACAUCGUUACUGAGCCACUAACAUGGGGCGACUCAAAAGAAAAGUGCAACCAGAUGGGCGGGGCAAUGGUAGUCCCUCAAUCUCAAGAAGAUAUUGAGUAUUUCAGCAGUUUGCAUUCUGUGUACUGGGCUGGCUGUACAGAUCUUCAAACAGAAGGUUCAUGGGAGUGUCUGGGGAGUGAGGAAUAUGCUGGGAGGUGGCAUUCACUGGAGCCUAAUGGUAGCAAUAACGAAAACUGCAUGGAGGUAUACUCCAAUAAACUUAAUGACAAACCAUGUAACUCCCAAGUUCGUGCUAUCUGCGAGCGAGAGUCCUUACCCAAACUGCACCUUUAAAACCUUCGUACUGUCUGUUCAUUUCAAUAAUAUUCGCUUGGUUUUGAAGGAUAGAUGUUUUACGCCAGACUGCACUAU